AUACUCAGAUUGGUUUAAAAAAAUCAUCUGACUUAAAUCAAGUAGCAUGCGUGUUUGGGUCAAGGAACAGACUCAGAGGUCACCUUACAUCAAAUUAAGGGUUGCUAAAUACUUGACUUGCAAUGUUGCAAUAAUUUCAUUCAAUGCCAAUCAUGAUCAUUGAUUAUAACAGGUGUAUGUAGUUAGUAUGUUACCGAGUAGCAGAAUUUUGUGAAAAUGUAUUUUAAACUCAGGGCAAUUCAACCUUUGGAGAACAGUCCCUAGAGGUGUAAAAUAGAUUUUAUUUUGAGGGGGAAAAAAUCAUGCAUUAUAUAAGAUCUGAUUUUGUUUAGUGCAUUCAAAAUUUGAGAACAGAUUGAUAUAAGAAAUUAUUUAUGUUAGGUUAUCUGAUAAAUGUUAGUAAGUCAGUCUAACAGUAAUAGCAUACAUAGUUGAUUUGCCAAGCUAAGAGAAACUUUGCUAUUCAAUGUAUAUCAAUGUCAUGUGACUAUAAUGAAAAGCAUAAGGUGAGUCCUUAUUUGACUUAUAAUUAAAUUGUUUGAUAUUUUACAUGCUGUCACGGGUUAGUUAGAAAAAGCAAACAUGUGCCAUUUUAUGUCUUUAAUGCCUGCAUUAUUCUCCGUCAUCACAAGAUGUCAGGAUUUCAACUGUUAUUGGUUUCACAAAGGGAAAAAAAAACAUGUACAAAAAAAAAAUAUAUAUGCAGGUUUAGACAAAGCAAUUUUGUGAGAAAGAAGUUUUCAUCCCAACACAGAGGAGUAGAUCUCCUUGUGUGCAACAAUCUAAUGUGAUGCAAACAACAAGAGGAACAACGUAGACAAAGAAGCAGGACAUUUUGGGUCAAGUUAUGAAAAGGAAGCCAACAAAAUAAUACAUUACAAAAUAAGAGAAGAAGUGGAAGACAAUCUUUAGAUAUUGUUAGUGGAUCUUAGUGACUCGUCUGCAGUGGAUUGAAACUUUUGUUUUUCUCUUCAUUAGCUUGAAAAAGCUAUGGCUGGUUUCUGUGCAUUUCAGCAUGGUUUAAAACCAUUGCUCUUGGCUACAUUUCUUCUCCUCUGUGAUGGACAAGGUGGGACAGAAGAGACCAAAGGUCAUUCCUGCUAUGGUGGUUUUGAUCUAUAUUUUGUUCUUGACAAAUCAGGAAGUGUUCUACACCACUGGAAUGAAAUAUAUUUCUUUGUUGAACAUCUGGCACAGAGGUUCAUCAGUCCACAGCUUAGGAUGUCUUUCAUUGUCUUCUCAACCCGAGGGACCACCUUAAUGAGACUAACAGAUGACAGAGAACAGAUCAGACUUGGCCUGGAGGAGCUGAGGAAAGUUCUUCCAGGUGGAGAUACCUACAUGCAUGAAGGAAUUGAGAGGGCAAGUGAACAAAUCUAUUAUGAAAACAAUGAAGGAUACCGGACUGCGAGUGUUAUCAUAGCGCUGACUGAUGGGGAGCUCCAUGAAGAUCUGUUCUACUAUGCGGAACGUGAGGCUAAUCGAUCUCGGGACUUAGGAGCCCAAGUGUAUUGUGUUGGUGUUAAAGAUUUCAAUGAGACUCAGCUUGCACGAAUAGCAGACAGUAAAGACCAUGUAUUCCCUGUAAACGGAGGUUUCGAGGCCCUUCAAGAUAUUAUUGGCUCAAUCCUGAAGAUGUCCUGUAUUGAAAUUUUAGCAGCAGAACCCUCCAGUAUAUGUGCAGGAGUCUCUUUCCAAGUUGUGGUGAAGGGCAAUGGAUUCCGAUUUGCCCGAAAUGUGGAUAGAGUCCUCUGCAGUUUCAGAAUUAAUGAGACCUCCGUUACGAAUAAGAAGCCUCUGGUUGUGGAAGACACAUACCUGCUGUGCCCUGCACCAGUCUUGGAAGAGGUUGGCCUGGAAGCUGCUCUACAAGUCAGUAUGAAUGAUGGUCUAAGUUUUAUUUCCAGCUAUGUGAUCAUCACCAGCACACACUGUGCAGAUGGAACCAUCCUGGCCAUAGCUCUGCUCAUCCUCUUCCUCCUGCUGCUUCUUGCCUUGUUGUGGUGGUUUUGGCCUCUUUGUUGUACUGUGAUUAUUAAAGCACCACCUCCACCACCAGAAGAAGACAGUGAGGAAGAAGAAGACGAUGGACUUCCUAAAAAGAAAUGGCCCACAGUGGACGCUUCCUACUAUGGAGGCAGAGGAGUUGGUGGGAUUAAGAGGAUGGAGGUGCGUUGGGGUGAAAGAGGUUCGACAGAAGAAGGAGCUAAACUGGAGAAAGCCAAAAAUGCCCGGGUGAAAAUGCCUGAACAGGAGUAUGAAUUCCCAUCACCAAAGAUCCUCAACAAUAACUUAGGAAAGCCAAUCUCUUCCAGGAAGUGGUACUCCCCUAUUAAGGGUAAACUGGAUGCCCUAUGGGUGCUACUACAGAAAGGAUACAGUCGAGUAUCCAUUAUGCGACCACAGCCUGGUGACAAGGGUCGAUGCAUCAACUUCACCAGGGAAAAGAAAAUGAUGCCUCCACGAUACCCUUUAAAUAAUGCUCCACUAAUGUCUUCUCCAUCCAGCCCAAUAUAUAUCCCUCCCCAUAACCCAAUCUAUACACCUCCUCCUCCGGUAACCCCACCACCUCAACCCAUAACCCCUACACCAUCUCCAACAAGCCCUCUCCCUCCACCUCCUUUAGCGUCUCCUCCAAGUAGAGCACCACCACCUAGCAGGCCUCCUCCACGCCCUUCCAUCUAAGCCAGUGGCUUAGACAUUUCAACAUCAACGCUUCUGGGGAUUCUUAUAAGAAGUUUUGUCUCUUGCUUGGAUGGGAAGUUCAGCACUUUGGCCAUAAAGAAACCAAAACCACUUUCUUCUUAUGUAUACUACACUGAGAUUGAAUCAGACUGAGCUAUGGAUUUGCUAGCAAUUAAUAUAAAGAUUACUGUCCCACAUUUUACUAUACAGGCAUUCUUACAUGUUUGGUCAUCAUGGGAUCAUAUGACAAACUUUGUUGACAAUCUGAUCAUCUGCUUUGAGCACAAACAUGUUUGGAACUAUGAGCAACGUAGGUGUUCGUUUCCUACCUUGAAUGGAUCUAACCUACUUGCCACCACAAUAGACUGAUAAUAUAAUUGCCAGUGGUGUGUUGAACUUGGUUUAGUUUUAUAAUCAGGUCCUUACCUUUUUGUGUACUGUUAAGUGAAUAUAAUGAGAUUUGGUGUCUACGUUACAUUAUUGAUCAGAGAAGAAGGACAAGAAACCAAGUGCCCUUAAAUAUAUCUCUCAGGGUAAUAGAAUGGCUUUGUGGUCUGGAUGUGUAUGUUUUUUAUUGAUAACUAUGGAAUGUUAGCGUACUGGAAAACAUUUAAAAAUGAUCAUCUCCAUUGAAGAACAUCUACAAGAUUUUUAGUGAGAACCCAUGGAAAUGAAGAGACAUGCAUUCUCUGUAGGGGAGGAUUGAACCCCAUACAGGACCUGACACUUUACAGCAGCAGAAGGCUGGACCUUUGCAAUUUAAAGAAAUACCUGCUAUUGCAGAUUAUAUGAUAAGAAAUUACGUUUAACUUUGAAACUUUGAGAAUACGUUGCUGAUCUCUCUGGCAAAAGAAACGAGUCAAUGAGUGGGAUAACUAAUAUCUAUGUAUACAUUUGCAUUGUCUUUUAUGGUAGUCAUAACAUAGAAUGUAUUAACUAAUGUAGUAGGUUGUGUGGGGGACUGGUUGGUAUCUAUGUUGGGGGCUAAUUUUAGUUUAUCGUCUGCUUCCUUUGUCAAUAACAAAUGCAGUCAGCUCUAUUCCAUCCUCUUCAGGAUUAAGAUUAGACAAAUCUCAUGUUAUUACAUAAUGUUAACAUAUGAAUCUUAAAGGGGUUAAGGAAACUAUAACAGGCAAAAAAGUAUCAUAUGUUCUAAUAUUACAUUAAUUGUUAUAUAUGUAGUUGCAAAUCAAAAGAAAAAAGUACAAAAUGCCUGCUUUAGGCAGUGGCUUGUUUAUGGCACCAGGUAAAUGACCAACCACGUCAUAAGAUAUCCUUUUGUAACAAGGGACAGAAACUCAAAAGGUCUAAAUGUUUCAGAAAACCUGCAACCCUAUCAUAAGAUAAUAGAUUCACCUUGUUUUACAGGAAACAUAUUACUUAAAUGAUGGGCCACAAACGUUAAAUGCUACAGGUAGUAACUAAGGUUAAAAUAAAAUCAAUCAGGACUUCUGUAAUCUGUACCUUCUACAUACUACACGGGAGCGUUUUGUGUCUAGCGGCCAGCCAAUUAACUUGAUGAAAUUAUGUAUGUUCACAGAAUCAUGGUGGAUAUGGCAACCCUAACACCAUCUUAUCCUGGUAGCUGUAAGAUAUAAUGCUCACCCCAAGAGACAACAAGGGACUAGACCUCUUCCUCCCUAUUCCUGGAAGGCAUUCCUGGAAUAGGAAAUUUAGAAGAACUCAAGACAAUCAUAAUUAUUUUUGAUGGGGUAGUUUUCCAAUAGUACCUUGCUUCUUUCCAGUCUCAAACCAUUAGCAAAUUGUGUUUUCCUCCAUGAAAUAGCUAUUUUCCACAAUAUAAAAUAAUCACUACUUAUUUUAGAGUUGCAUUUCUUCUGUAAUAUUUACCAGAUGGAAACAUUGAGUGUGCCAACGGGAUUGUGUAGAACAUGUUUUGCCAACCCAGUCUACCCAUCACAUCUCCAAUGCUAUUUGAUAUUUAAUGUAUCUUUAUGCAAGCUUUGUAUAACUAGUGCUGUGUUGCAUUUUAGAAAUAUAUCCGCACUGCAGUUUUUCCUGAAUUUCACUUCUUCUUGAUGUAUAUAUUGUUGUCUGCUCCUUAUUGACCAGAUAUUAAUUGACACUAUCUGUCUUCCUAGGCAGCAGAUGUAAGUUAUUAUUACGCAUGUGAGGUGUCAUCAUACCAAGCAGUGCUUGUUAUAUUGAGUCUAUUCAUAGUUUGUCUUCCUGUUACAAGAAUGAAAUAACUUUCCACGUCUUAAUUCUAUGUAUUGACAAACAUCUGUUUUGCACAAAAUAAAACAUUACAGAUUUGGGAUUUUCAUAA